CGAAAAACCUCACGACGUAACCACUCACCAUGUCCUACCUCCCCGAGCUGCCCAAACGAGUUCCAGGCACUGUUCUCAUCGUCUGCUUAUGUUUACCAACGGCCGAGGAUGCCCGGGAAAGGCUCGAUGAUGCACUGCAGAGCGGUUCGCAUCCGGAGAUUGAGACGAUGCCGGAGUUGAAGGUCGUGGAGGUACGUGAUUGUAACGGGCAGACAAGAUUGGAGGAGGAGGAGAACGAAGGUUGUAUGACUGAGCUUUUCACCACCGGGCAAAAAGCAAAAGAGAAGGGAUGGACCAGGGUGGGCAUCGUCGACUACUACACUUACCGGGUACUUUGUGGCGAAGUGGAUGGUGUGGAAGCCUCAAUGAUCAUUCUGCAGGCCAAACUUCCAGACGAAAAUGCCGAGGCUGGCCAACUUAACAUCGUAGCAAAGCGCUUCCCGCUUCAGGAAGCAUUGCGUACCCUUACGCAAGACGAAGAGGUUACUGUCUGCCAGAGCAUUGAUCCUUUUAGGGAGCAAGGGGCGUCUGACCGGCAAUUAAAACUGUUCGAUGAAUAUGGACUCACUCUGCAUGAUUGGAACCUCCCUCUCUUCCAGAAUGACUCGGCCCGCUCACGGGCACACGCCAAAACGGUCGACCAUGUCCUUUCGCUCAAGCCCUCAUUACCCAUCGAGAUCGUCGACACAAUCGAAGACGAACUCAAAGAGCCGGAACCGCUCGAGAGCCUUACAGAUGCCCCGAUCCUCCUAAGAAACGACAAGGCCACGCUUGAAUUUAUCGCGCUGGUUCCGUUAGCAGACAUGGCCGCCUCGACCGCAGCGCUGAACGAUAUGGGCCACACCGUCAACCCAGACAUGACCGCCGUGAUAUACCCCUGGAAGCACCCUUUCCUUCCCGCCUCCCGCGCCGACUUCUGGCGCCUCUGGCAGCGCAUCCUUUCACAUGACGACCAUCCCUACCACCCCUUCGCGCUCUUCCUAGACACCGACCCCGCAGCCGCGAAAAAGCAUGCCAAGAACAACAGCAAAGACAUGGACAUGGAUGUCAUCUUCGCCGAGCGCGGCACAGGAUACACGGCGCCGACGCUUCUGGGCCGCACGCCUCUUCGCUCGAGCACCCUCAUCCCCCACUGGUUGUACAUACACAGCCGCCCGACCUACGGCUCAGACAAAGGCCCAACACCGCCGGAGCCCCGGGUAGUUGAGGUGCUCGCCGAAGGCGGGCCGGAGGCGCGCUUGUUCGUCGACGUGCCGGCGUGGCGCUUCGCUGGCGGCGUGCCAGGGUCCAAAUGUGACAGCGAUGCGCACCCGUGUUUUUUCCUGACGAAAGGCGACGAGGACAAGGGUGAAGGGGCGUGUAAUGUUGACGAGAUGGUGGAGCUGCUGCACGACAACUUGUACGAUGAUUCGUAUAUUGAGGAGGGGAACGGGCCGUAUGCUUUUGUGCCGUGGGAGGAGGAGGAGGAUGGCGGGAUGGAGGACGUGCUGAGGUUGGCAACGAUGUGUUGGGAUGAGGGAAGAAGGGUUAGGGAUGAUAUGGACCAUUGCAUUUUUAUCGACAGGGAGGCUUGGAGGACGAAGACCGUGUUGUAUGUCAAGUAUCAACAGCCGUUUGGCCUGGGUGGCAAUGACGAUUACAAUGAUUUAGCUGAGAUUAUUGAUCAAGACACAACACUAGACGAAGAGGCGAAAUACAAGAAGAAGCUCGAAGAAUACGGAGAAGGCAUUGUUGUCGUGCGGGCGAAUAUCUUGGGGGAGGAACUUCACAUGGCUUGGGCUAACAUCUCUGUCGCAAACUCGGAUUUCGAGGAGUUCUUUGGUGUCGAUGCCGACACGGAGCAUUAUGAGCGCGCUUGGGAGUCGGAGGAGGAGAAGAGGCUGGCGUUUGAAAUGUAUGAGCGUUCGCGGAGACGUGGUUUGUAGGAAUCCUCUGUGUAAUGGCUACCGCUGCCCGCUGCGUGAUUGUCGCGUUGGUGUCUUUGACGCGUCCUUGCUUCGGUUAGAGGGGUGUUGAUUUGUUUUGUAUACGAUUCGUAUACUAGUUAUCUCUGCAUACAGGAUAGAACCAGGUUCGUAGUAUUCGUAGACACGGGAGUAUUCUUGGAAUAUUAUACAGCGAGG